AUGGACACCAUCAAACGACGCCUCUCCGCCGGAGGAGGAGGAGGCAGCCAACGAGCAGCAUCGACAUCCGCAACGGCCGCCGAUGCGGAUCUGGCGAAGAUGGGCUACAAGAGCGAACUGCCUCGAAGUCUGAGCAUGUUGUCCGUGUUGGGCCUCUCCUUCGCGAUCAUGGCGGUUCCAUUCGGCCUCUCGACCACGAUGUUGACGGGCCUUACGGAUGGUCAGAGUGUCACGAUCUUGUGGGGAUGGGUGUUGGUUAGUCUGAUCAGUUUGAGCAUCGCGGCGAGUUUAGCGGAGAUUUGUGCUGUCUACCCGACUGCUGGAGGCGUGUAUUAUUGGUCGGCAAUGAUGAGUACACCUAAAUAUGCUCCUAUAGCCUCUUGGAUCACGGGCUGGCUUAAUCUCGUUGGAAACUGGACCGUCACCCUCAGUAUCAACUUCUCCGGGGCCCAGCUCAUCCUUUCGGCCAUCUCCCUCUGGCGCGAAGACUGGGCGGCCAAUGCCUGGCAGACGGUCCUAAUGUUCUGGGCCGUAAUGCUCAUCUGCUUCUUCGUCAACGCCUUCGGAGCGAAAUACCUGGACCUCAUCAACAAGAUCUGCAUCUACUGGACCGCGGCCAGCGUCAUCAUCAUCCUCGUCACCCUCCUCUCCAUGAAAGACAACCUCCGCUCAGGCGAAUUCGUCUUCGCCCACUACGACGCCAGCGCCUCCGGCUGGCCCUCCGGCUGGGCCUUCUUCGUCGGCCUCCUCCAAGCAGCCUACACUUUGACAGGCUACGGCCUCGUCGCAGCCAUGUGCGAAGAAGUCCAGAACCCCGCCCGCGAAGUCCCCAAAGCCAUGGUCCUCUCCGUCGCCGCCGCCGGCAUCACAGGCGUAAUCUACCUCAUCCCCGUCCUCUUCGCCAUGCCAGACAUCCAAACCCUCCUCCAAGUCGCCAGCGGCCAGCCCAUCGGCGAGAUCUUCAAACAAGCCACCGGCUCCGCGGGCGGCGGCUUCGGCCUGCUCUUCCUCCUGCUCGGAAUCCUCUUCUUCGCCGGCACCGGUGCCCUCACGGCCUCCAGCCGCUGCACGUACGCGUUCGCGCGCGACGGAGCCAUCCCGGGGAGUCGCUGGCUGGGCACCACGAACAAGAAACUGGAUAUUCCCCUCUGGGGUCUCGUCCUCUCCACCGUCGUCGACUGUCUCCUCGGGUUGAUCUACUUCGGCUCCACGGCCGCGUUCAACUCCUUCACGGGCGUGGCGACGAUUUGUUUGUCGACGGGCUAUGGCUUGCCGAUCCUCGUGUCGUUGCUGAGGGGCAGGAAGUUGGUGAAACAUUCGACAUUCUCCCUGGGGAAAUUCGGAUUCGCGAUUAAUAUUAUCUGUAUCUGUUGGAUUUGUCUUGCGAUUGUGUUGUUCUGUAUGCCUGUUAGCUUGCCUGUCUCCGCCUCAAGCAUGAACUACGCCUCCGUAGUCUGGAUGGGCUUCGCAGCCAUAAGUCUCCUCUGGUACUUGAUCCGCGGAAGACAUCAUUUCACGGGCCCACCAGUCGUGCAAGGCGCGGAUCCUACUUUAGAGGGCAAAGCACAUCCUGCGGAUUUGGACGGGGAGUUGGGUUUGGAGACAGCGGACACGACAGUUAAAGAGCCUUUGAAAGUAUGA